AUGGAUAAUGAUGGGUCAAGGAGAGGCGGAUUGGAGCAUGGGCGACAAGGGGGAGGGCAUGUAGAAAGGGAGGGGGAGCUGGGGUUGGAAGGGAGGGAUGGUGAAGCUCUGGUUGGGGUGCUACCGCAGGGGAUGAUAGAUGGUAAAGCAGCGGGAGUGGGUUCUGGUGUGGGUGCGAGAGAGGAGAAGGAGGAGAAGCUUGGGAUGGAAGGGAGAGAUGCUAAAGCUUUGGUAAGGGUGCAACAGCAGGGGCAGGUCAUGAGGGUGCAACAGCAGGGGCAGGGCAUGCGGGUGCAACAGCAGGGGAUAAUCGAUGGUAAAGCUGGGAUAAUCGAUGGUGAAGCUGUGACGAGGGUGCAUAGGCAAGGGAUGUUGGGGUUGGGUGAAAUGAUGGGCGCAAUCCCUGAGGCGCCCCUGAGGUUGGAAGGAGCAGGGGCUGAAGCUUCCAGCAUGGACACAAUCUCUGAGGCGCCCCUAAGGUUGGAAGGAGCAGGGGCUAAAGGUCCGACCACAGUGCAAGGCGAGGGGAUGGCUGAAGCGGAGAGAACUCAACCAGGCGUGAGUGAGAGAGAGGAGGAGGGUGAGAGGCUUGGGAGCAGCACGGAGGUGGUGGGGGAUGGUGGGAGUAGCAGCACGGGAGUAUCUGCUGCUGGUGAAGGGACGGGGAGCAGCAAGGGAAGCAGCAGCAGGAGCAGCAGGGCGGGGAGUGGAGUGGUGCGGACGAUGCGCAGGCGGAUGAGCUUCUGGCGGGCGGAUUCGCUGGAGGAGAGACAGAGAGUGGUGGCGGUGGGGGAAAGGCACCUCAACGCGCUCUCGCUCUCUGCCAUCCUGCAGCGUGCACUCGCCAGAAAGCUACGCUCUGUCCCUCCCCGCUACACCCACCACCUCGACUCCAUCGACCUGCCUGCACUCGUCAAGGUCCUUCUCUCCGAAACAGGAGAGAACCUGUCCCGUUCAGACCUCAUGGCGCGGGCAAGCACUGCUGUGGCCUUGUCUCGGCAGAAGAGGGACAUGAUGGCAUUGCAAGAGCGCAUGGGCGCCCUUCAAACGGACCUGACUCAGCGGUUUGAUCUGCUCGAACGUGGGAUUAUGGCUCGGUUGCCGAACCAAGGUCAUGAGAAGGCGAGUCGCGAGGUUUGGACGGAGCAGGUGCGGCGAGAGGUGGAUGCUGCCCGGGAGGAGGCUCGGCGUGAGGUCUGGGAGCAGGCACGACAGGAGGUUGAGGAGGCUCGGCGUGAGGCACAAGAGGCUCGGGAGGAGGCUCGGAAGGAGCGAGAAGAGGUUGGGGAGAUGUUGAGGGAGUUGAGGAGGGAGAUGCAGCUGCUGAGGGUGAUGAAGGGGGGGAGGGGAGAGGGGGGACAAUGGGAGGAGAGAGGGGAGGAUGAAGGGGAAGGAGGGAAUGAAGGACCCUAA